AGAGCAGUUUACUGAGGAGGGGGCAGCGCUGCUCACCUUGAGCGAGAUGUUGAGCUUAGACCGCGUGGUGUCGGCUGCUCCUGUGUGGUAACACCACAGGGGGGCUUUUGUAAAGAUGAGGUGGAGAUAAGAAAGUUUGUUCAUCACUGUGGAAUUCCUGGUAUGAGAAUGCAGAGCGUCAGAGUAGAGAGUGGAUCCUUGCUGAACAACUGUAAUCAUGAAGGCAGUUCUUAUAAUUGUCCUAAUCAUCUUCACUUUGCUGUGUUCAGGGAAAAAGUUUCGAUGGUGCACCCUCUCUGAUCUAGAACAGAGAAAGUGUGCUGAGCUGUCCAAAGCACUGACAGCUGUGCUGCCUGUCACUAACACCGAUUCGUUUGCCAGGAUUUCUUGCAUCAGAGCCCACAAUACGUAUGACUGCAUUGAUAAAAUCAGAGUGAAUAAAGCAGAUGCUGCUUCUCUGGAUGCAGGAGAUGUUUACUCUGCUGUAAAGCUGUAUGGUUUGACCGUUGUGGCAAAGGAGAUCUAUGAACAGGGAAAUUGUGUUUUUGCUGUGGCUGUUGCCAAACGAGGAACUUUGGAUAUCCAGAGGCUACGCGGUGUGCGCAGCUGCCACAAUGGAGCCAGAUGGACCUCAGGCUGGAAUAUUCCACUUGGAUUUCUCCUUGCAAGGAAUGAUCUUUCCUGGGAUGAGGGACAACCCCUGAGCCAAGUAAUCAGUGAGUAUUUCAAUGCAAGUUGCAUCCCUGGAGUUGGUGUUGCUGCUCCUCAGCUGUGUGCUCUCUGCCAAGGACAAAAGUCAUAUAUCAGAGACAAGAACCACUUCUGUGAGACCAGCAGCAAUGAACCCUUCUAUGACUCUGAUGGAGCUUUCAGGUGCUUGAAGGAUGGAGUUGCAGAUGUUGCCUUUUUAGAUCACCUGACAGUUAUGAGAGCCACAGAGUCAGAACAACAAGAAUAUGAACUCUUAUGUCCUGAUGGAACUACAGCUGAGCUGAGCAAGUACAACACCUGUAACUUGGGCAAGGGGCCUGGCCGUGGCAUCAUCACCCGCCACAACUUCCAAAAGAUCACCAACAAAUUUCUUACCAUGAUCCAACGUCUCUUUGGUCGAAAAGGAAAGGAAAGAGCCAGAUUUGAACUUUUCAAUUCAUCACCCUUUGGAGGGAAGAACCUUCUCUUUCGAGAUGCCACUCAGCACCUGCAACUUCUCGAGGAACAGCUAGAAAUUGCAUAUGUCCUUGGUCUGGAUUAUGUAGCUCUCCUUAAGGGACUAGGUCAUGAAGGGAGCUCCUUGGACAACAGUGUUGUGCGCUGGUGCUGCAUCAGCAAUGCUGAGCUUCGCAAAUGUGAGGAGUGGGCACUGAGCAUCAAAUCUGACCCAUUAGUCUGUGUCCAAGCAACUUCCAUGGCAAGCUGCAUUGAAAUGAUCAAGAGUAGUGAGGCUGAUGCAGUCACUCUGGAUGCAACCCACGUCUACAUUGCAGGGAGGUGUGGAUUGGUGCCUGUAGCUGCAGAGUGUUAUGGGCAGGUUUGUGCUCCAGCUGAUGAGAGCACAGAGGAAAUUAGCAAACUUCAUCUAAAGCGCAAAGGACUGUCACCUGUUUAUGCUGUAGCCCUAGCUAAGAAAAAUGCCAAACAGAUUAACAUCCAUAACCUGCGGGGGAGGCGAUCAUGUCACAGCCACUUGUAUAGUCCUGGAGGAUGGUUGCUUCUUUCCAGAUACACAGUGGGACCUCUGGAAAACGUUACUGAAAACUGUGAUAUCGGAUCUGUUUACCAGAAUUACUUUUGGAAGGGCUGCAUGCCAGGAGCAGAUGGAAACCUGUGCAAAGUGUGCAUUGGAGACAGUGAGGUGGAAGGAGCUCGAGUAUCCAGCAGAUGUGCUGCCAGUCACAAUGAGCACUACUAUGGCAAUAUGGGAGCACUCAGGUGCUUAGUUGGCAAUCCCAGUGGAAGAAGCUUUGGAGAUGUAGCUUUUCUGGAACACUCAAACCUACUCUGGAAUAUAGAGAAUCUGGAAAGCUCUGGUUGGGCAAAAGGUUAUACAGCUGUUGACUUUGAACUCUUGUGUCCGGAUGGAACACGUGCUGCAGUCACCGAAUGGGCUGGCUGCAACCUUGGUCCAGUUCCUCCCAGCACAGUCAUGACUCGACCAGUCACUGUCACUAAAAUCUAUGACUUCCUAAUGAAAUCUCAGGAAUUUCUGGAGACCAAGCUGGAUUCUGAAUUCCAUCUCUUCCAGUCACAAAAAUAUGGUGAGAGUGAUCUGCUUUUCAAAGAUGCCACUCAGUACCUUGUUCCUGUAACUCACGUGAGCUAUCAGGAAAUCCUUGGAGAACCUUUCUUUCAGCUGGCAGAAUCAGUGUUUAAUUGUACACCUGCAGGCAUCUUAGACUUUUGCAAGCAGGAUAUCUGUGCCUCCUCAUCCAUCUGACAGCUGCUAUAAAGGCUUUGCAAGCCAUGAGCUUUCACCAAUGCUGAAAACAAAGAACUAGACUAGUCCUGCCUAUCCAGAGCAAUCUGCAAGGAAACUGGCACCUCUGGACACAUAUGCUGGUUAUUCUUUUGUCAUAAUCUUUGUUUUCUUUAGAAAGUAGACUUUAUGUUUAUGAUCAUGUAAUACUACUCCUAUGUCAUCCCUUUCUUGUUUGAAGCACGGAAUUGUGUGCAACAGCUUUCACCAGUCCUCAUAACCCACAGCACAGAACUAGGAUCAGCAGUUCUGAUUGCCUACUAUGGAGGAUUCAGCAUUUUGGGGGACUAGCAGGGUCAGUGCAGUGGAUUAAAGAAUGGACUGUCACGAGUGGCGCAGGUUAGUGGGUAGCAGUUCACCUUGCUUUACCUGUUUUAUCUUCUCGAAUUUGUUUCCAUGCAAAAAGUGCAACUGAUCUUUUGGUGGUUGCAGAAUUAUCUUCCUGUAUUGCAAUUGCAGUCCAUGUUGAACACACACAUGUAUGAUAGAUGGUUUAUGUAAUCACUAUCAGAAGUCUCUUCUGCUUUUAACUGGCAAUAAUACAUUUCCUUUUUUUAAUCAAGGAUUUAUAAUGGUAAAUCAAAAUCUUUUUCUCUCAAAUUCAUGUUGUAAGACAUGAAGUAACAAGCGGACCUGGAUUCCUGCAGCCUUAAAUUGAAGGGAAGCAAUGGAUAUAUGAGGGCUGCUCCAAAAGUAAUGCCUUCUAUUUUAUUGUGUUGGCCCAUGAUGUUAGGUUUGGAUGUUGCAGUACAGCAGUAGAGGCUGAACCUUCCCACAAUUAUUGUUACAUCCUAUUGCUGUGUGACAGAUGGCAGCAGAGAA